CUCUCUCUCUGCGUAUACGGAGAGAGUGGAGCAGGAGACGGAGAGAGCGCACGGAGAGAGAAGCAUAGCUCACUAGGAAGGCAGCAGUGCCUCAGACGCGAGUAAAAGGGACCCGUGGUUAUUUCCACAGACCUCUCUCUCGUUUCACAGCCUAACCUGCGCCUUCUGGGACGGACUCAGACACCGGGACUAGAGGCUAUACAACCUACCUUUGCUUUUGAACUCGUUUGAUUAACUAGCAAGACCCUGUGGUGGAGGGGGGAGUUCUCAUUUCCCCCCGCUUUGGAGCGAGGAGUUUGGUGUGUUUAUGUGUUUUACGCGUUGCUUGUCAUGGGCAAAAGUGGACAGAGAAGUGGAUUAGGACGCGGGAGUUGUUGCAGCUUGGUGAGGAUGUGCGCCAACACACCGGGGAUCCUGCUUUUCCUGGUGCUUGUACACCGAGGAGUCGCCCAAGUGAGAGAUGAUGACGAUUUCCUGAGUCUCAGCGAACUCCCUGAAACCUUCCCCUCCGACCCUCCAGAGCCCUUACCUCACUUCCUGUUUGAACCCGAGGAAGGCUACAUUGUCAAGAACAAACCUGUCAAUCUCUUCUGCAAAGCAACACCUGCCACGCAGAUCUACUUCAAGUGCAACAGUGAGUGGGUCCAUCAGAAAGACCACACUGUUGAAGAGAGGGUGGAUGAAAACUCAGGUCUGGUGGUGAGAGAAGCCAGUAUAGAAAUCACACGGCAGCAGGUGGAGGAGCUGUUUGGUCCUGAAGAUUACUGGUGUCAGUGCGUGGCCUGGAGCUCUGCUGGAACCACCAAGAGUCGCAAGGCACAUGUCCGAAUUGCAUACCUGAAGAAGUCCUUCGAACAGGAGCCCCUGGGAAAGGAGGUGUCCCUAGAGCAGGAAGUGCUGUUACAGUGUCGCCCGCCAGAGGGCAUUCCAGCUGCUGAGGUGGAGUGGUUGAAGAAUGAAGAGAUAAUUGACCCAGCAGAGGACAGGAACUUCUACAUCACCAUUGACCACAACCUGAUCAUAAAGCAGGCGCGUCUGUCCGACACCGCCAACUACACUUGUGUGGCAAAGAACAUCGUGGCCAAAAGACGAAGCACUACUGCCACUGUUAUAGUUUAUGUGAACGGUGGUUGGUCGACAUGGACGGAGUGGUCGGUGUGUAACAGCCGAUGUGGGCGAGGUGUCCAGAAACGUACCAGAAGCUGCACUAACCCCGCCCCCCUGAACGGAGGACUGCCGUGUGAUGGAGUGGCAAUUCAGAAGCUGCCUUGUACCACACUCUGCACUGUGGACGGUGUGUGGACAGACUGGAGUAAGUGGUCGGCCUGUGGGACAGAGUGCACUCAAUGGAGGAGGAGGGACUGCAACAACCCAGCACCUAAAAAUGGAGGAAAGGACUGCGAUGGGAUGGUGCUUCAGUCUCAGAACUGUACAGAUGGACUCUGUAUGCAAAGUUCAUUUUUUCAGAAGUCCACUGAGCCCAAAGAAAAGAGUGAUUUGGGAGUCCCAUCUGCUCCAAGUACAGACGAUGUUGCGCUUUAUGUGGGCAUCGUCAUCGCAGUGAUCAUGUGCCUGGUCAUCUCUGUCAUCGUGGCCCUCUUUGUCUACCGCAAGACACACCGGGAAUUUGACUCUGACAUCAUCGACACCUCAGCACUGAAUGGAGGCUUCCAGUCUGUUAACAUCAAAACAGCAAGAUCAGCUGAUCUGCUGACAGCCCCUCCUGACUUGACAAAUGCGGCUGCCAUGUACCGUGGUCCUGUGUAUGCCCUCCACGAUGUGUCAGAUAAAAUCCCAAUGACCAAUUCCCCCCUCCUAGACCCUCUUCCUAACUUGAAGAUCAAAGUCUACAACUCUUCUGGUCUGGUCACACCACAGGAUGACCUCGGGGGAGACUUCACAUCCAAACUGUCUCCUAAGGUUACUCAGUCCCUGCUGGACAACAGCGACACCAUGAACCUUCGCAACCAAAGCUUGGCUCGAACACGGGACCCUUCGUGUACCGCUCACGGAUCCUUUAACAAUCAGGGAGGACACCUUAUUGUACCCAACUCUGGUGUGAGCUUGUUGGUUCCAGCGGGGGCCGUUCCUCAGGGCCGGGUGUAUGAGAUGUAUGUGACUGUGCACAGGAAGGACAGCUUGAAACCCCCGGUGGAGGACAUCCAGACCGUGCUGAGCCCGGUGGUGAGCUGUGGGCCUCCAGGAGCCCUGCUGACCAGACCAGUGAUCCUCACCAUCCACCACUGUGCCGACAACGUGCAAGAAGACUGGCUCAUUCAGCUGAAGAACCAACUGGCAAUGGGAGAGUGGGAGGACGUGGUUGUAGUGGGAGAGGAGAACUUCACCACCCCCUGUUAUGUGCAGAUGGACUCUGAGGCGUGUCACAUCCUAACAGAGACACUUGGGACAUACUGCCUGGUGGGACAGUCAGUCUGCAAGGCAGCGGCCAAGAGGCUCAAACUGGCAGUCUUUGGACCUGUCUCCUGCACAACUUUGGACUAUCACAUCAGGGUCUACUGUCUAGACGACACACAGGAUGCACUGAAGGAGGUUCUUCAGAUGGAGACACAGAUGGGAGGGAAGCUUCUGGAUGAGCCAAAGACUCUGAACUUUAAAGACAGCACACACAAUCUGAGACUGUCGAUCCACGAUAUGCCGCACACAUACUGGAAGAGCAAACUUAUCGCAAAGUAUCAGGAGAUUCCAUUCUACCAGGUGUGGAGCGGUAGUCAAAGAAGUCUUCACUGCACCUUCACCCUAGAGAGACUGAGCCCAGCCACCACAGAAAUCAGCUGCAAGCUGUGUGUACGGCAGGUGGAGGGAGAAGGACAGAUCUUUCAGCUCAGCAACACACUGGAGGAGGAGCUGCAGUGCAUAGACACAUCCUUAAUGGACCCUGCCAGUAAUAUCACAACCUUAGUGGGUCCAAACGCCUUCCGCAUUCCUCUAUCCAUCAGACAGAAGCUGUGUGGCAGUCUAGAUGCACCGCAGACAAGAGGCAAUGACUGGAGGAUGCUGGCCCACAAACUCAACCUUGACAGGUACCUGAACUAUUUUGCCACUAAAUCCAGUCCGACAGGUGUGAUCUUGGAUCUUUGGGAGGCCCAGCACUUCCCGGACGGAGACCUUAAUGAACUGGCCGCUGUGCUGGAAGAGAUGGGUCGCCAUGACGGUAGCCUCACCUCCAUGACAACAGAACACUGACGAAAGACACGUGGUUACCAUGACAAUGACAGAACUCUGGAGACGAUUUCACGUGAAUUCUCUACAGUUGAUGCUGCAGCGAGGGUAAUGAACGGAUUAGAUGCAAGAGGAAAACCACAGUGAUCAUAGUGGCAUUGUUACAGGCGACAUGAGGAGAGCUUGAGCUGGUGUCGGAACUGUGUGUGUAUCUAAACUGUGUUUAUUUGAGGAGUGUUGCAGUGUUGUUUGUGAAGGAAAGGAAAAACCCAACCUAGAACACAAACUGAGUUGAUCAGGAACAAACUAAUCAUCAAACGCCUAGAAAAGGACCUUGUCUGGUGUAACACUAGUUGUUGUCCUGCUGUUACUUUAUUCUGAACAAAAAAAAGCAGGGAAAGAAAAUGACAAAAAAAGAGGUACUGACCUUGAAAACCUCUAUAGGAAUGAAAGAGAAAGAUGAAGGGAGAAAAGCUAAACUGAUUAUGGAGGAGUGGGAGAAGGUAGAGGGAGAGAGUUAGACUCUUUAGUAAGGCAAGAGUAAACAGGGAGAGAAGCUAAACAGAUUACAAAAGGGAGGGAGGAUGUAAACAUAAAAUGAUGGAAGGAGCCGCAGGUGAUGAUCUGUAAGAACAGGAUGGAAAACAGAUAAUGAGAGAGGGGAGAGAUAAAGAAGUAAUCCCUCUCUCCUCCUGCGAGCCUUGGCUGUACGUGUUUGCCAGUACAGUUUGUUGUCUUUAUAUCGUUUCCUAGGGAACGCUUUAUGUAUUCUGCCGUCCAUAUGUGUGGAUCAUUUCCUGCUAACAGAGUUUGCUACACAGUCAAUCAACGGUCCUGACCAGAAACAAGCCCCUGUCAUUGAGGUUUUCUUUUCAGAGUACACCAUAAAGGGUUUUUUAUAUUCUCCUCGUAUUAAGAACUGAAAGAAUAAUUCAGUUUGUGGCUUUUCUCGAACAUACAUGUAGAUAUUAAAUCAUCCAGGUCAUAGGAAAUCUCAGGUACAAAUUCAGAGGCAUCUGAGCUUGCUGGCCACUUGCCUUUAACUUGUGCCUCAAACUUCGAUGAAGAAGCCAAUCCAAGAGUGAGUACAGUCCUAAUGGAUGCAACCGUUAAAGGGAAGUCACAUGAAAAAACACGUGGUAACGUAUUAAGUAAGUUUACACAUGUGUAACAUACUCUCUGCACAUGGUUAAGUGUACUUCUAAAAGUAGAGUGACGUUUGAGCUUGUGUAAAGUCCAAAUUUUCACGCAUUUAAAAUGUUUGAACAUUUUUUUCGAAUGUUAACUCAUUUAGACAGUUUUCCUGUAAGGUUAUUUAAAACUUAAGUUUGUAUGUACGUUGUUUUUAGAGAUGUAAGGAAGCAGAACAUGGAUAUUGUCUGUUUUGAGGUAUAUUUAAAACUGCACUUAUGAUAAACAGAUAAAAAAGGAUAAGAUUCAGCCCAGAAAAGUGCAGUAUAGUUAAAAGUUAGUUUUAAAAGUAGUCUGUAAUAACUAAUUUUAGAGUUAGUCAGGGAAACACUUUUUACAUCAGAUAAUAAAUCACUGUGAAACAUUUGAAUCAGACUCUUCAGGCUAAAACUGCAUCUCAAAGUAAAUUCAAGUGUUAACACGCUACCUGCAAUGACGCUGCUGUUCAAUUCCCUCCUUUAGUGGAGUUGUUUGUGAUACCUGAUGGGAAAUUCCAGCCCUGGCUGCCACAUUAAGUAAACCACAACCUCUAAUCCAGGCGGCUGUCUGAUAGACUGAUGGGGCUUGUUUCUGGACAGGGUCCAACUCAGAGGAGAGGGAAGGGGUGAGGCUGCAAAAGGAAUGAAAGAAACAGGGAUUUAAAUACAGUAAAUAUACAGAGUGCCGCAGUAUUGUGUGAUAGUGAAUUAAGCUGAUAUUGUUCUUUAACGCUUAAUGUACUAAUAGACAGGUUUUAUCACUCAUAUUUUAAUUUAGCUAAAUACAUAUCUGGCAUAAAUAUAUAUUUUUCUUUCAUAUUUUCGCCUCAUCACCACAUCAUGUCAAUUAUUCAUUCAUGAUCACGACAGCGACUUAACUGGUCACAAGCGCCAUCCAGUGGCUUCUGAAGAAUGACAGCAUUUACCUUUUUUUUUAAUCGUCUCAAAACGUGUAAAUACAUGAUUAUGUUUAUUCUUAUGACCUUGUAUUAGCAUUUUUUUUUGUUUGGUGGUCAUUAUUAUGUUAUAUUAAUUAACAUUAUUUUAUUUGUUUGUUUCCAUCUUGAUGUGUGUUGGUGUGUUUUGGUGGGUCAAAUCUGUAACAUAUCAGUGAGUUGCUCAAAAACGAUGUUCCGUCAGCAACCAACAUUCCAGCUCAUGGUGUAUUUGUCGAUAACGUUGCAAGUUAGAGCUUCAAAACACCAACUUAAAGGGGCUCAUGUAAAAUGAAGUGUAAUAUAUUUGUGCUCAACCAAGGCUGGCUCGCUGACGUUUGCAUUGACUCAGGUUGACAGUGUCUGAUGAAAAGGUGCAACUAUAUCAAGCCUGCUACAGGGAAAGAAAAACAGCCUUAUUCUUAGUUGCAUUUGAAUAGUUGUGAGAAGCCCCAGGAGACUUGAACUCAGAGUGUGAAAGGCAACAGGAACACUAAGAUCAAAGGGAAUACAUGUAAAAUAUUCAGAAAGAGGAGUUGAGAUGCUCUGAACUAUGGAGAGAGGCCAUAUGAAUCUGAACAUCAUAUACGUAUGUAGAGGAGAAACUGAGGAGGAUAUUGUAAAGAAAACAUACACAGCUGAGAAACAAAGGCCAAGCUAGCACUGAUACAAAAGGUCAGAUUUCUCCUCUUCAUGACAGGUUUUAUCUUGUGGUUGCCCACACAGGAGGUAACCUUGAGACAUUGAUUUUUCACAUUGAUUUUUCUUUCAUCCUUCAACUCUAUGUGAGUUAAAAAUUUGACCUCUUGUAUUGAUGCUAAACAGAGACAUGGAGGCCUCAAAAGUACAGAUGUUUGAAUUUCAGAGAGCCUUAAUUACCAAAUUAGAAACAGGUAUGGUUAAAUGACAGAGUGGAUGUUUUGUAUGUUUUCAAAUGCAACUGCUGAUGUCAGGUGUGAGGAAAUCAAAGGGAAGAGUUGUGUAAACUUUUGAGGAUAAAAGCCUAAAACAUCAAGCCAUCAAUUCUGUUUGUUUCCGAACAAAUACGAACCCAAAGGUCAUGAUAAUAUUUUCAUACAAUGUGAUCAUAAACAUCCUAAUUAACUGAAAUGCAGGACUCAAGUUCACAUUUUCACUGCAUGCGCAAGGAAACAAACCGUCAAAAAGAUGUAAGUUACCGGUUUCUGCGUAACUUUGCCUGUAACCUGAUCCUUGCCAUGUCUUCAGUGUGCAGUUUACCAGCAGGAUAGACUGUUUGUUAGAGGAGAGUUUUCAUACCAGGAGAGGCCUCCAGAGGGUGAUCCUUUAGAGAUGUGAAAAUGAAGAAAGUAGUGUUGAGAUAUCAAAGUAUGUACAAAUAUUUUCUAUGCGCAGUAUGUACAGUUGUGUACUGUCAGCUAUAUUUGGCGAAAUAAAAAAACAUGAGCAGAACUGUUAGAUACUAGUUUGUAUGUUUCAAGUUUUUUUUUUUUUUUAUUAUUUAAGUUUCUUUCCUGUUUUGUAAAAGCGGUGUCUACUAUGCAAACUUGGCAUUGGUUAUCAUGAUAGAAGUCUAUAACUAGAGCUGUAAGUGCUUGUAAGUGCAUUUUUAUUUUACUAUCAGGGGUGAUUUGGUUUGAUUAGUGCGGGGUAGUGUUGAUCCAUUUUAGCUAAUUCUGGCACGCUUCAUGAUUCUUGCUCAACCUUGCUGAACGCUCGCCUCUCUAUCUCCUCUAAUUGUUUUCUGUACAAAGUGUAAGAAAGAAUUUUUAAGACAAUUAAUAAAUUAUAUUUAUAAGCAAUGCUGAAAAGGA